CCAAAAUGUCGAACCCCCGUGUUGAAGAGAUCGUCGACGACAAGCCCGAGCAGCAGGUCGAGGUUGAUGACAGCAGCUCCGACUCUGAGGGCGAGGAGGGUGGUAUCCCCGCCGGCUCCUCCGUCACCGUCCACUCGCGCAACGAGAAGAAGGCCCGCAAGGCCAUUGCCAAGCUUGGCUUGAAGAAGAUUGAGGGCAUCACUCGCGUCACCCUCCGCAGACCCAAGAACNNCAUCUUCGGUGAGGCCAAGAUUGAGGACCUGAACUCGCAAGCCCAGGCUGCCGCUGCCCAGCAGCUCUCCCAGCAGGAGGGUGCCGCCGAGCACACCCACGACCACUCCGACAAGGGUAAGGCCCCUGAGGUUGAGGCCAAGAAGGAGGAGGAAGAGGAGGACGACGGUGAGGAGGUCGACGAGACCGGCCUCGAGGCUAAGGACAUUGAGCUUGUCAUGGCCCAGGCUUCCGUCAGCAGAAAGAAGGCCGUCAAGGCCCUCAAGGAGAACGACAACGACAUUAGACUCGGGUUCGAGGAAGGUGCACAGACAUUUUCGCCAAGAGCGGAAAGAGCGACGGAGACGCAGCAACCUCAGUCGAUGUUCGCGAAGGCCAACGGAUACCGCCUGCAUCGCCGUCUCUCUCCCCUCUACCUUCCGUCAAUCCAACCCAUCGUCACAAUGGCCGUCGGACGCAACGCAGCCCUCAAGCUCGACUGGGCCAAGCUCUCCCAGCAGCUCUCCCUCAAGGGCCAAACUGCCAACUCUCUCGUCGCCUUCAAGAAGCGCAACGACGACGCCCGCCGCAAGCUCGCCCAGCUCCAAGAGCAGCAGCAGACCAUUGACUUCGCCCACUACCGCGGUAUCCUCAAGAACUCUGCCGUCGUCGACGACAUCGAGAAGCAGUUCAACGCCUUCCAGCCCAAGAAGUACGACGUCAACCGCCAGAUCAAGGCCAUUGAGGCUUUCGAGGCCCAGGCCGUCAAGGCUGCCGAGCAGACCAAGUCCAACGUCGAUGUUGAGCUCAAGGACUUGCAGAAGACAUUGAAGAACAUUGAGGAGGCCAGACCAUUCGAGGACUUGACCGUCGUGCGUAUACCCGGAUUUGUUAUCUCACGAGUCACCCCUUGUCUAAUAAACAUAUCUAGNGACGAGGUUGCCGCCGCCCAGCCCGAGAUCGACCAGCGCACCGAGCAGCUCGUCAAGAAGGGCCGCUGGAUGGUGCCCGGAUACAAGGAGAAGUUCGGCGAUCUUUCCAUUCUG